CAAAUCACUCCCUUCUGAGUGGAUGAAAGACCGCAUCUCAUCUCACACACGCCCCCGUUGCUGCCUGACAUCUUUGCUCCCAGGCAUUAUCUGGUUUGCGUCGGGCAAAUGAGUCCCAUUAACAGUCUCUGGUUCAAGUGGAAGAGCCUGAAAUUGCCGUGGCGCACUUCCUUUCUCGUCGGCCAUGAUUUGAAGGGAAAUACCUAUUGGGAAUUCAAAGAUGCCCUGAACGCGAAUCGAUAUCGUCGCAUCGUCAAAUGUGACCCCAAAACCCACCUCUCCGAUGUCCAAGUCAGCCCGCAAUGGCACCAAUGGCUUCGAUACGUACGAGCGGAGCCUCCGUCGAUCGAAGAACAGCAACAGGACAUCAUCCGACAGAUUCAACUCAAGGAGUUGGCUCGUCUCGCUGAUGAACGAUGGGCGAGCAAGGUAUCUUAUCUCGACAAGCCGAAGACUCAGCAACCCGCCCCUGCUACCCAGACCAGCGACGCGACGUUGAACCCUCCGAAGGAUGAGGCGCAGGCUAACAAGGCUACCCCUGCUGCUCCUGGGAACGAGAAGAAGGAGAAACCAGCUUCAAAACAAGACCCUUGGGCAAAGGCCGCCAGUGGACCUGGUGAGAAGUGGCAGCCGGAUUCUUGGAAUCCGACCUCUUCCCAGAGAUGA